GUUUCUCUUGCUUUUAAGUCUGUUUUUAUUUCAGGAUGAUUUUAUGUUAUUUUCCCAAGCAGUAUUUCCGUAUUUUCACGUGGAAGACGACACCAGCGAUUGCAUUCCUUCCAUGGCUUCUCUCUUUUCUGACGUAUGCGCCUACCCUUUCGACUUGGGUCGCUUAUGAAUAUGACCCGGAAAGCAUGCUUUGCCAAUAUGACUUGGAUUUCUGGCCGACUAAUUUCUACCAGUUUGCAAUUUUGAUCGUGUCGGUAACGUCAACUUUCGUCUCCAUCAUUAUGACGCUCUUCAAGAUAAAACAGAAAAAGAGGAGUCUUUCACUGAUAGCCCCAGCUCUACAUUUGAUGGGUGGUUUCAUGACGGUACCCAAGGAUGAUUUCAUGCAGAACGACAAGGCCCAGGAACUUAGGAAAGAACUGAAUGAUUUGGUUAUGAACUUCAAGAUGCUGUCCUGUAUCUUCACCGCCUCUGUGAUUCACUGGGUACCUUUUAUUGUCGGUAUUCUCUCGCAUCAUAUUGUCGAUUACGGAAGAGAUUUUUGGACAUUUGCAAAUCUUCUCGGUCACAUACAGCCGGGGUCUGACUGCCUCUGUUAUAUCAUUGCUAACAAGUAUUUUAGAACGGGGUACAAAAAUAUGCUCCGAGGUAUAUUCUGUUGCAAGAAAUCAGAUAAGGUGGUCUACUCGGAGGUUGCAAACGGUGACCGUAGAUCUGAAACUGCCAUGAAUACGAAAUCUUAGAAUUUGACAGUUUGACGUUUUUG